AUGGCUGAACAGGCUGGGCAGAACGAUCAUCUCAUCAUCAGCCAUGAUUCCCAACACCCCGCGAACCUAAUCUGCGAACUGUGCCGAAAGUUUUACACCUUAGGAUGGGUUACUGGUACUGGAGGAGGCACCAGCAUUCGUAAAGAUGAUCACAUUUUCCUUGCCCCCUCGGGCGUCCAGAAGGAGCUCAUGCAACCCACUGAUCUCUUCGUUCUCGAUUACCCAACUCGAAAUUACCUCAGAAAACCCCAGCAGCUGAAGCCGUCUGCCUGCACCCCGCUGUUUUUGGCCGCCUUCGACCGAGGCGCUGGAUGCUGCAUCCACUCACACUCUCAAUGGGCCGUGCUAGUGACGCUUCUUGUCGAGAGAGACCUUGGCAAGGACGCAUGCUUUGAGAUCAGCAACAUUGAACAGAUCAAGGGAAUUGGCAAGGGUAGAGGCAAAGCCGGAAACCUGGGCUACUUUGAUACGCUGCGCAUUCCCAUUAUUGAGAACACUGCACACGAGGAGGAUCUCACUGAAAGCCUCGAGGCUGCCAUGGAGAAAUACCCUGAUGCAUUUGCCAUCCUCGUUCGGCGUCACGGAGUUUAUGUAUGGGGCGAUAAUGUGCACAAGGCCAAGACUCAGGCCGAAAGUUUGGAUUAUAUAUUCCAGCUUGCCGUGGAAAUGCACAAGCUGGGAUUGCCGUGGAAAGUAUAA